AUGGAGUUCGAGUCUGGAUCGCUUGGCAUUGACAACACACCAACCAGAAUCAACUGUCCGCCAUUGGAUGAGUACAAUCAUUGCAUUUUAAAAAACUCAAAUGUCAGGAUCAUCAACGAGGAGAUGAUUCCGAGAAUAUUGCCAGAGGCAAAAACAGCUCAAGCUUUGACAACUCCAAACAAUAAUUUGAUUUGCAGCUCUCCCCUUCUUUUGAGGUCCAACAUAAAGAGAAGCCCACCCGUAGUAUGUGCUUUGCCAGAUGAUCUUGCCAAGUCUAACGAAGUGUUUAAGCACAUUUAUGGCUCUGGUUCAUUCACCGACAGUCCCAUAUUUCGAAACUCAUGUAUCAAAUUAAGGAUGAAACAGGAGUGUCAUUAUGGAGUUACUCCGUGUCCAGCAAAUCGAGACCCAGGUAAUAUAUCGCAAACAACAGGGAGAAAAAGCAAUGUAUCAUCGGUAAUGAGUAUUGAACUGAUUAUGAAUCCGGUUUCCCCAAAGAAGGACAAGAAGGAAGUUAGCGUUUCCCCCGGGCGUGGUGUAUCAGAAUUUCAAUUGCUCGAAAAGAAUUGUGUCCCAGAGAAAGUUGCUGGGAAAGAAAAGAGGCAUAAAACAAAGCCGUAUGAUCAAUACAUUGUCACCAUUAAAUUACCUGGUAGAGUUGAGGCAGAUAUUGAGUCACAAAGUACAACUUUGAAAAAGUCUAGUCACGCCAGGAAAUUGCCCCAUGUUACGACAUCAAAGGUGGUGGUUAUUGAUGCAUCAAGAAAACGAGACCAAGCAAAGCAAUUCCAUCGGACAAAGAAAGAUCCUGCUGGCGGGAGGAAGUCUUUUGAGAGAAAAAAAACUGAUAAAAGGUCAGCCAAACGAGCUAGACACUACGUCUCUGACGAGGAAUACAAACCCUCUGAGGAACCUACAACAUCCAAGAAACGGGGAGAAUAUGGACGUGAUGGGCUCAAAAGGAAGAGAAGAAUCGUCGAAAGGUCCAAGAAUGGUUGUUGGACAUGCAGAAUUCGUCAUAAAGGAUGCAAUGAAGAACAACCAAAGUGUGGUCACUGCCAGCGAUUAAAUUUGCCGUGCGACUAUUCCCUGAUUCGCCCCAAGUAUAUGUCGGAUCACAAGUUACAUGCUGAAAAAUUGAUUGAGAUUAGACAUCUUACAGAUAAGGUGAAGAAGCGCAAACCUCGUCAAGGGUAG